AUGGUAAUGAUGCGCUACGUGCUGUGUAUCCUCGCUCUCCUGCUCUCAUGUGCGUGUGUGCACGUCCUCGCUGAGGAAGUGCCUGCCGCCGAUCUUUCCGACCAAGUCCCUGAUACGGAGAGUGAGACAAAGUGCCUUGAAGGUCAAACUCAAACUCCUGAAGGUGCUUGUCCUCCUACAGGACAACUACAAGCAACACAAAGCCCUAAAGGUACUCCUCUGUGCACUGAUGCUCCUGAAGCUUCUGCUAAUCUUCAGACAUGUCCUGAAAAGCAUGAAGCUCCUCCUGCUAAAGUACCUGAAGUACCAAAAGAGGUUGUUCCUGAGAAAAAAGUAACUGGUCCUCCUCCGAAAAACCCCGAAGUUCACCUUGAGCAGAAUACUUCUGAAAAUGAUAGUAACGGUCAAGGCGAAGAAGCCGGUCGUCCUGCUGGUCUGCAAGGUGAAGUUGGUGUGCAUGGUGCUGUUAUUCCGGUCGUAGAAGGUGAAGCUGAAGAUUCUGUGGACUCAGGUCAUCGUACUACAGGAGAAAAAGGUUCAGGAGCUGGUGAUGUUAGUGGUUCUUCUUCUACUACACAGGACAGUCCAACUCCUGCUUCUCCUGUUGAUGGGAGUAGUGUGGCUGCUGCUGACGGCCAAACUGGAAACAGCGGCAGCAGUCCAACAGGAGAAACUACAUCUACCCAAGGAGGUGAAGCAGCAGAAGAAACUUCUUCUGACUCUCCUACCAAUUCGGCUACAGGAAGUGCCGUUGGCGAUAAUGCUGCAUCGACUGAGAAUGGAAAUACUUCUGAAGGGAAUGAAUCAACAAAUAACCAAGAAGAAGUUGGAGGAAAUACAGAAACAACCACCACCACCACAACAACAACCACAACACUUCCUCCUGAACUCACAAACAACAAGAAGGGUGAUGCAGACAGCAGCAGCAGUAUCAGCAGUUCUGUGUGGGUUCGUGUGCCACUACUGAUUGUGGUUACACUGGCCUGUAUUCUUGUGUGCUGA